CCGGGGCGGGCUCUGCCCAGGGGAAGAGCCAGGGCAGAGCCACUGCCUCCCACUGGACCGGGCCAGACCCCCGUGCCCCCAGCUGCGGAGGAGAUUGGAUGCUGCCAUCAGGCCUCAUUCAUUAGCAGAGGGAGAGGCCAGGCUGGGGUGAGGCCUUCCGGGGUGGGGAAGAUGGGUGCUGAGCUGCCAGCACCAGUGGUUGACCUUCCCUGGCCAGCAUGGGUGCACCCUCCAGUGAAGAUGGAAGAUCAGGACCCGGCAGGUCCCAAUUCUGAGGCAGGAGCUGAUGGGGCAGGGGACAAGCCUUAUGUCAUCCAGACUAGGAGCAGCAAGACACCCAAAAGGAUCAAGCAGGAGCCAUGAGAAGGGCUGGCUCACCACUGGGAGGUGCGGUGGCGGGAGCCCCAGGCCCCGUGUCCCCUUGCUAAGACUGUGCCAGCCCCAGGACCCACAUGGCUGCUGGAGCCGUCGCCAUCAUCAUGGGACAACCCCUUGUCAGGAGACGCGGUGCCAGUGCUUCCAGGAAUUGGGCUGCCAGGAGGCUGAGGGACCGUGGGAGGUUUGUAGUCGCCUGCAGGAGCUCUGCCAGCGAUGGUUGGGGCCCUAGUGCAGCACCAAGGAGCAGAUGCUGGAGCUGGUGGUGCUGGGGCAGUUCCUGGCCAUCCUGCCCCAAGAGAUGCAGGGCUGGGAGCGGGAGUGCAGCAUGGAGACCUGCAGCGGGGUAGUGGCCAUGGCUGAGGUGUUUUGCCUGGGCCUGGUGGAGAAUGAGAUGCUUCAGAUGCCCCAAAAGAGAAGACGCGGCCGGCAGGCCCAAAGCAUGAGCAGCAGGAGAGUGAGAGCUUGGGACAGGCCUCCCCUGGCAGACACCGUGGCUGCCAAACUAAGGCCAGUGCCGGCAAUGAGCCCCAUUUUUCCAGCACUAGCACCAGCCAUGGUGUCCCCAGAGCUGGCCCUGGGGGACGAGGUCCCCACCCCAGAGACCUGGCGCCGGCGCUUCCGCGGCUUGCACUACCAGGCGGCCGCGGGGCCACAGGAGGUUUGCAGCCGCUUGCAGGAGCUGUGCCAGCGCUGGCUGGAGCCCCAGCGCCGCAGCAAGGAGCAGAUGCUGGAGCUGGUGGUGCUGGAGCAGUUCCUGGCCAUCCUGCCCCGGGAGAUGCAGAGCUGGGAGUGGGGACACGGCGUGGAGACCUGCGCUGAGGCCGUUACCCUUGCCGAUGGCUUUCAGCUGGGGCAGGCGGAGGACGAGACACUCCAGGUCACAGUGCACAUGAAGGUUGAGGAUGUGGCCUUGGCCAAGUUGGCACCCACUGGGACAUUGUGGGAUCCUCUCGACUCCUGUUUCGAGCAGCCUCAGCCCCAUCCUGUAGACAUGCCGCAGCAGGAGAUGGGAUGGGGUGAAACUCCAGGGCCCCAAGACAAGCUGCCUCAUAUCUCCAAAGAGGAGCCCCCACUUCAGCCGGAGUCAGAUCCCCCUGAGACAGAGAAGCCCUGGGACACAUUAGCAGAUGAGAGCUCCUGGGCCUCGUGCCCCAGACAAGACCCUUCCUCAGGUGCAGCAGAUGCAACGAUCCUGAGCAAAGCUGAGGAGCAGCUUUAUGAGGAAGGGCCUGUAAUCCCAGAGUUGCAAAGGACAUCCCCAGAGGUGUUAGGGGAGAGGGGCUCCCUGACACCUGAGCCGGACCAGCUGCAGAAGGGACAGGACAGGCCUCUGGAGGUUGAUCUUCCAAGGAUCCCGGCCAGCCCAGGCCAUCAGGAGUUUGCAUUCCCUCCUUGUGCACCAGGGUCCAAUUCCUUUGCCCGUUCCUUGCUGGUCUUCAUGUCCAGUCCUCUGCCUGAGAUGGCAAGCGUGGCUGCAGCGGCCCAGACUCAGCGCCGGUUGACCUUCGAUGACGUGGCUGUGUACUUCACCCGGAAGGAGUGGGCGCUGCUGGACGAUGGAGACAAGGCGCUUUACCGGGACCAGAUGCUGAGGAAUUACCAAGCCCUUGUUAAUCUAGGACAUCGAGGUCCCACCCCAGACUUAAUCUGCCGCAUCCAGAGAGGGGAGCUGGAGCUCUGGGUCUGUGGUGAUGACGAUGCUCGAGAAAGCUCCUGGUCUAUGGGCUCGACCCCAGAUUCCUCUGGCAUGGAGGAGACCGACUCGUCAGCAGAGGAAGGCUCUGAGGGCUUGCUCCCAUGCCCCGAACCGUCUCCGGAUACAGUGGGUGCUGGGACAGACAGCAGAGCUGAGGAGCAUCCUCAUCAGGCAGAAUCUGCAAAUGUGGAGCCGCUGAGGAUGUUCCCAGAGAGACCAACCUUGCCCGAGACAGCGCGCACCGAGGAGAAGCCAAACCAGUGCCCGGAGUGCGGGAAGAGGUUCAGCCGGAUUCAGUCCUUGGUCACCCACCGCAUGAUCCACUCGGGAGAGCGUCCCCACCACUGUGCCCAGUGCGGGAAGCGCUUUGUGACCCACUCGCACCUGGUCAGACAUCAGCGUGUGCACACUGUGGCAGAGCCCGUGUACCGCUGUGCCGAUUGCGGGAAGACAUUCACCCAGCCCACCUACCUGGCCCGGCACCGCCACCGGCACCUCCACGCUGGCGUGAAGCCACACAAGUGCGCUGAGUGCGGGAAGGCCUUCGCCGAGCUCUACCAGCUGGCUCGGCACCAGUUCGUCCACUCGGAGGAAAAACCGCACCAGUGCACCCAGUGCGGGAAGACGUUCACCCGAGCCUCCUACCUGGCCAGGCACCGGCACCGGCACCUCCACUCGGGGACAAAGCCGCACCAGUGCGCGGAGUGUGGGAAGCGCUUCAGCAGCCUGGAGAGCCUCAUCGGACACCGGAAGAUCCACUCCGGGGAGCGCCCCCACAGCUGUGCCGAUUGCGGGAAGAGCUUCAUUUACCCCUCGGACCUGUUCUGGCACCAGCGCGUGCACACGGGGGAACGUCCACACCACUGCGGGGACUGCGAGAGGAGCUUCGUGUACCGCUCCGAUCUGAUCCGGCACCAGCGCGUGCACACGGGGGAAAGGCCAUAUAGCUGCGGGGAAUGCGGGAAGAGCUUCAAUUGCCGCUCGGAGCUCCUCACGCACCAGCACGUGCACACGGGAGAGCGUCCGCACCAGUGUGGCGCGUGCGGGAGGAGCUUUGUGUACCGCUCGGACCUGGUCCGGCACCAGCGCUUGCACACGGGGGAAAGGCCUCAUGGCUGCAAGGACUGCGGGAAGAGCUUCUGGCUUCAAUCCUCUCUCAUCAACCACCAAAAAACGCACUCCGGGAAGCGCCCGUAUCUCUGCCCCGACUGCGGGAAGAGCUUUGUCCACCUGCACGUCCUACGAGUCCACCGGCGCAUCCACACCGGGGAGAGGCCGUACUGCUGCCAGGAGUGCGGGAAGAGCUUCCAGCAAGGCGGGGGGCUCACGGCCCACCAGCGCAUCCACACGGGGGAGAGGCCGUACAGCUGCCUGGAGUGUGGGAAGAGCUUCUACCACCGCGGGGGGCUCGCCGCCCACCGGCGCGUCCACACAGGAGAGAAGCCCUACCGCUGCGAGGAGUGCGGGAGGAGCUUCCGGCAGCAAGGGGCGCUCACCGUCCAUCAGCGCCUCCACACCGGCGAGAAGCCUUACCGCUGCGAGGAGUGUGGGAGAAGUUUCCGCCACGCCUUGGGGCUCACUUUCCACCGCCGCUUGCACACCGGGGAGAAGCCCUAUCGCUGCGUGGCUUGCGGGAAGUGUUUCUCCCACAGCUCUGCCCUCACCGUGCACCAGAGGAGCCACACGGGCGAGAAGCCGUUCCACUGCGCGGACUGCGGGAAAAGCUUCGCCCAGCAGCAGAACCUGCAAACCCACCAGCGCGUGCACACGGGGGAGAAGCCCUAUGGCUGCGCUCAGUGCGGGAAGAGCUUCACCCGGCAGCAAAACCUCCAAGCCCACCAACGCAUCCACACUGGGGAGAAGUCGUACCACUGCGGCAAGUGUGGGAAGAGCUUCUCCCGGCAGCAGCACCUCCAGGCCCACCAGCGGGUUCACACCGGGGAGAAGCCCUACCUCUGUGCUCACUGCGGGAAGAGCUUCAGAGAGAGCUCGACCCUCACUGACCACCAGCGCCUGCACACGGGGGAGAAGCCCUUCCGCUGCACCGAGUGCGAGAAGAGUUUUGUUAAUGCCUCCGCUCUCACCCGGCACCGGCGCAUCCACACCGGGGAGAAGCCCUACUGCUGCGUGGACUGCGGGAGAAGCUUCCGCUGGCAAGGGGUGCUCAUGGCCCACCGGCGCAUCCACACCGGGGAGAAGCCCUACGGCUGUGCUGACUGCGGCAAGAGUUUUCGCCACGGCUCUGCUCUUACCCUUCACCAGAGAAGCCACAGGCAUGGGGAUAGGGAAAAGGUCCAGCACUUGACCUCCCAUUGACUAGACACUGAGUUUGCAUGGCCCUGGCGAUGGGCAUGCUCUCGCAGGACUCUCCUAACAAGCUGUGGUGGGGUUCAGGAGCUACAGCUAAAACCAAGGUGAUAAGUGGGUUCAAGUGGACUCAGGUUUCUCUCAGGUCAGCUACCUAUUUUGCAACUUUCUCGGACACGUCUUCCAAUCCCACGGAUGCCGGUUGGGUUGGGAGUAUGAACCCAAGGCCCCUGCUACGCAUUGUAUCGAUUAUGCAAUUAACUGGUUAAUCCACAUGUGCAAAAUAAAUGUCACACUUUGUGCAAUAAAUUU